AUGUCGUUCGUCAAUAUUUGCCGUGAUAACACGGAUCCGUUUUACCGUUAUAAGAUGCCUCUUAUUCAGGCGAAGACGGAAGGAAGAGGAAAUGGUAUCAAGACUGCUGUUCUGAACCUACCCGAUGUGGCAAGAGCUUUAAAUAGACCCACCAUUUACGUUCUGAAAUACUUUGGUUUUGAACUUGGUGCUCAGACUUCCCAAGAAAGAUCUUUGGUUAACGGUGUUCACGAAGCUUCCAAAUUACAGGACUGUCUGGACGGUUUUAUCAACAAGUUUGUGCUGUGUGGUUCAUGUAAGAAUCCUGAGACCGAUAUCAUCAUUGAAAAAGACGGAACUUUGACCAGAGAUUGCAAGGCCUGUGGUUCCAAGACAAAAAUUGACCCUCGUCACAAAUUGGCUACUUACAUUGAAAAGAAUCCUCCUGAAAGUGCCAAAUCUAAGAAGAAUAGAAAAGCUGCUACAGCUUCUGCCAACGUCGUUGGUGGUGGUGUUUCGAUUUCGGAUAUUGCCUCCGGACAAAAAUCCACAGAUGCUGACGCCAUUCCUGCAGACGACGAUGAUGAUAUAGACGAGCUGGCACGAAAGAUCAAUGCUGAGGCUUCUGCCCUUCCAGAAGUUCAAGAAGUUGCUGAUGACGAGUGGGCAGUAGACAUGUCUGAGGAGGCAAUCAGGAAAAGAGCACAAGAAUUGGAAGGACUUACUGUAAAUGAAGAACUUAGUGCUCUAGAUGAGUUUGGUGAAUGGUUAUUGGGUUUUGACAAAUCCGAAUUGCCUAGUGAUGUUGAUAUCUACAAGAGAGCUUCCGAUUUGGAUAUCGUAGAGGAUGAAAAGAUACUGCAAGUUCUAGCACAAGCUUUAUUCGAUGAAGAUAUUCUCAAUCAAAUCCCUGAGCACAAAGGACUGCUAGGAAAACUGAUUACUAACGAAAAUGCUGAAAAGUCGUUGCUAGGAGGUAUCGAAAGAUUAGUGGGCUUACAAUUCACAGAUCUAAUACCAGCUGUUCCAAAAAUUGUAAUGAUUCUUUACGAUGAGGACUUAGUCUCCGAGGCGGUUAUACAGGACUGGGGUACUCAUGUCUCCAAAAAGUUUGUACCUAAAGACGUUUCAAAAAAGGUCAGAAAAGCUGCCAAACCAUUCCUGAAAUGGUUGGACGAGGCUGAAGAGGAGGACAGUGAUUGA